CUGUUAAGUGGUAACACAGAUUUGUAGUCCGACAUAAAUCCAAUAUGUCAGUCAAGAUAUGGCAAACUACUGAAAUUACUGUUUUAUUUGAUUGUUAAGUUUAUUGUGCGGUAUAAGGAUAAUUUUUAAUUAAACACGAUGCAUUCGAAUAUUAAAGUAAUUGAUUUUCCAUUAUAACGUCGUGCAAGUUAUGUUAUUAGUUAAUUUGUUAGUGAAAGAAAAAUAGUUGUUGUUAUUUGUUUCAACAAAGCAAAGCUGCAAUUUCGUUAUAAGAAUAUGUAUUGUUAAUAAGUGUGCUGUGAAUUUAGAAAUAAUGUGUGAGGAUUAUCGGUUGUAAUGUAAAUAAAAAAAUAUUGUUUGUGCGCGCAUGCGUUUCUAUCGAAAACAGACAAAGGUUUUGUGUGGUUUUAAAAUCAGCUGUGUGCAAUGACUUAGUGCUACCUAAAGUGUUUGUUUGUAAGCGACAAUGUUUAGUGAAAUUGGAUACACAAUUUUUCUACUACUUGCCCUGCCUUACAUAGAGAGUGCAUCUCGGCGCCUCAGUGAGUACGUGGAAAACUACGAGGAGGUGCACUACAAUCAUGAUGAGGUGCAUCUCCAGCACCUGCGCGCGCGCCGCUCCGUCGACCCGCCAGAUCUGCGAAUUAACUUCGAUGCGCAUGGGCGGCGGUUCAAUUUGCGGCUGCGACGCGAUCUGUCAGCCUUUAGUGAUGAUUUUAAGGUUCACGGUUCCCAAGGGGAGCUGCAUGACGUGGACACAUCGCAUCUAUACACGGGCGAGGUAUCUGAUGACCCGCACUCCGAGGUGUUCGGUUCGGUGACAGAAGGCGUCUUCGAAGGCAAAAUAAUGCUAAGCGACGGCUCCUUCUACGUCGAACAUGCGAAGAGAUACUUCCCCCAGAACAACACCAGAGGGCGCGUUCACUCCGUCAUCUACCGGGAGGGGGAUGUCAUUGACCCCUACGCGCAUAGGAGGCAUGGUCACGUCGGCGGUUGUGGUGUGACAGACGAGGUCGUACAAUGGAUGGAGAGGAUACAGAGUUCUGGAGUGGAUGAUGACGCACUGCCUUCACCACCUCCCGCAUCUACAAGCACGCACCAUCACCCUUCGUCGCCUAUACCAUCACACCCAAAUAGUCUUAGGGAUGAUCCGCCUAGACAUUGGGAACACCAUCAUCACAAUAAGUACUCACGUGCUGCGAACACGGGAGAGCAUCCGCGGGCAAAGCGGGCAACUGAAUCCAAAAUUAAGAACACAUGUUCCCUGUAUAUACAAACGGAUCCGCUUAUAUGGAGACAUGUGAGGGAGGGGUUUCCCGAUCAUCUCGACCGUAGCAAAAAGAAUGAGAUAGACAUGAAGACACGCGAAGAGAUCCUCUCCCUCAUCUCUCACCACGUGACGGCUGUCAACUAUAUUUACCGGGACACGAAGUUUGACGGGCGACGCGAGCAUCGGAAUAUUCAAUUUGAAGUUCAAAGGAUAAAGAUCGACGAUGAUUCUGCGUGCAAGAAGCACCCGUUCGCAACGGAAACAAACCAAUUCUGCUGGGAGAACAUUGAUGUGUCAAAUUUCCUGAAUCUCCACUCGCUGGGCAAUCAUGAGGACUUCUGUCUCGCCUAUAUGUUCACUUAUCGGGACUUCACUGGUGGAACUCUGGGUCUAGCCUGGGUAGCGAGCGCAAGUGGCGCCUCUGGGGGCAUCUGCGAGAAAUACAAAACCUACACCGAGACGACUGGGGGUCUAUACCAAAGUACCAAGAGGUCACUCAACACUGGUAUCAUCACAUUCGUGAACUACAACAGUAGGGUUCCACCUAAGGUCAGCCAGCUUACGUUGGCACACGAGAUUGGACACAAUUUUGGAUCGCCGCACGACUACCCCUCGGAUUGUCGGCCUGGAGGCCAACAAGGGAAUUUUAUAAUGUUCGCAUCCGCGACCUCUGGUGACAGGCCCAACAAUAGCAGGUUUUCAACCUGCUCUGUCAGCAAUAUCAGCGCUGUAUUGGAUGCUGUAAGGGAUGGAAGGAAAAGGGACUGUCUGAAGGAAAGCGCUGGAGCGUUCUGCGGGAAUAAGAUUGUCGAGGUUGGAGAGGAGUGUGAUUGUGGUUAUGACGAAAUCGAGUGUAAGGACCGAUGCUGUUAUCCUCGACAAGUGAGCACAUAUGACCUUGACCGGAACUCGUCCGCUAAGGGCUGUCAGAGACGAGCCAACACGCAGUGCAGCCCCUCCCAAGGCCCGUGCUGUCACGCGCAGACGUGCCAGUUCGUGUUGGCCUUCCGCAACCAGACGUGUCGUGAGGCGACCGAGUGCAGCCACGCCUCCUUCUGCUCCGGACGCUCCGCCGACUGCCCCAACCCCAGGUCUCUGCCUGAUCAUACCAAGUGUAAUAAUGGUACCCAGCUAUGCAUAAAGGGCGAUUGCAGCGGUUCCAUGUGCCUCGCGUGGAACAUGAAGGAGUGCUUCCUCUCCUCGUCGCCAACCAAAAUCGGGGAUGGGGUCACGGCAGUCGUCAACCGCAGGGCCUUGUGUCAGCUCGCGUGUCAAACGGGGCCGGAGCCCGACUCCUGUCGCAGUACGGCAGACUUCGCCAAGCAAGUGGGUCUGCCCAGUGAGGGCAUCAGCUUGAGACCUGGUUCGCCGUGUGACAAUUUCCAGGGUUAUUGCGACGUGUUCCUGAAAUGUCGGGCCGUGGACGCCGAGGGCCCUCUGGUCCGGCUGAAGAACCUCCUCUUGAACCGCGAGACCCUCCAGACCUUGCAAGAGUGGGUGACCGAGAAGUGGUGGGCAGUGCUACUCGGCGGGGUCAUCCUGGUGGUGCUGAUGGGGGCCUUUGUCAAGUGCUGCGCCGUUCAUACGCCUUCCUCGAACCCCAAGCGACCGCCGGCCAGGCGUUUGUCCGAAACCUUGCGUCGUCCGAUGAACACUUUGCGUCGCAUGCGUGGCGGCAACGCGGAGCCGCGUCGCGCAGGCCACGCCCCUCCGCGGCCUGGUCACCGCAGGGCCAGGAACCACAAGGGAUACGCCCCUCCACUCACCUAUACUGCCCGGGAACUGGGCGCGGGUGGGCCAGGCCCGAGCGGGCGUCGCGAGCCGUACGCCAACGCUUACCCGCAGGCGUACGAGAUGCGUCCGGCGCACAAGGUCUGACACAGCGUUCUGCCGCUGCUCUGCUACUUGCAGCACGCACACACGCACACACACCUCUCGUGAACACACACACGGCUACUUUUAGCGAGGCCUUCGAUAUUACGGCGUUUACUUUUGUAGAGAUUUGUAUAAAGUUACAGUUGCUUAGAGUUAAGUUUAAUAUAAAAGUUUUUGUUACAUUAUGAGUAAUAAUCACAAAAAUUCGCGAUAAUCUGAAUUUUUACGCAUCGUAUUUACCGAACGUAAUCAAAAUUAUACUAAAAGUAAAUUAAACUUCCUUGUUUAUUACGAAAAUCUAUAAUCAAUUUUUGGCUUAAUAACUGGCAAAAUGUUAUAUCGAAAGCAAUGCUAAAAGUAUGAAAUUCCGAUGUUCACUGCCACAUUUUUAUUUAAAGCAUUUAAACCAUUAAGCGAUUAUAGACAGUGUAUUUUACAGUAUUAUUUCAUGUCCCGGAGAUAGGACAAGUUAUUUGAGACCCUCUUAACCGAGAAUUUUAUGUAAUUUAAUCAAGAAUCAGGCUAGUAAUAUUAAUGAAAUCAUUAUCAUUAAAUUCGCUAAUCUUUUCGUAUUUUUUUUCUGAAAUGAAGUUUUAAUGAAAUUCAGUAACAUUUCCGAAAUUUCCCAAUGUUUGAAGUCAAGUCUAUCUCCGGGGCAUAGGCGAGUUGUUCAGUACAAAUAGUAAUACUGAACAACUAUACAUUUGUUCACGAGCCUUUGAAAUAGGGCGGAACUGUUUCUAAAACUUUAUAAUAAAAAAGUUGGUUUCGUACAAUAAUCAGUUUAGUUCAUUGAUUUACAUUUAUUAGAAUAAUUUUAGUUGUUUUUUUGACGUGACGUCUAAUAAAUCGAUGAACGCAGGCUGCACGAAAAACCAUGACUCAUGUUCCGUUACGCUCAUUGUACGCUUGCGCCGCGAAUCUCUCUUCCACUCGAUUGGCCUACGCGUCCGAGGAUUCGCUCCUUUGUAUCCAUAAAAAUGGUGAUAAUUCAAUAAAAAUGAUUCAAUUUUAUUCAUAAAAGUAUGCAAUCAUUUUAUUAAUGUUUGACGUGGUCACGUUAAUGUAUCGUGCGUAAAUCGACUUCACACUCACAAACAACCAUUUCUUAAAUUAUUCAUUCGGUACGUAACCGUUUUUAUUAACUAGUUUUUUUUUUAAAUUUCUCUUUAGAAACAGUUUCGGCGCAACCAUACUUGAUCAUAAGUUUGAUAUUCAUCAACGUCAACUAUUUGUAUGAAAAACUAAAAAAAAUAUAAAAAACAUUUCAAACUUAUGGUAAAGGUUAUUAAGUGUUCAAUAAAAACUAUAGCUAGGCCCAUUUAACCUUAUCGUGUUCUAAAAUUAGCUAUUAUUUUUGUAUCGAAAUCUCUUCAGUCGGACGUACCGACACGUGUGUAUAUUUUGUAUAUAAUCAACAUAUACAAUGUAAAAAUAUCAAAUAAUCGUACUGUUAUUAGUUAGUAAACCGUUGUUUUACUGGAAUCUCCAUAAUUGUAAUUUUAUGUCAUUAUUUGUAGAUGUGAGAAGUCUAGGUGCCAUUUAGAGAUUUUCAGGAUUAGCAUUCCGAUCGGAAAGCAUUUGAAUUCCGAGUCGACUGUCAAUCUCAAUUUUAUAUCACCAAUAAAAUCUAUCUAUCUAUAGUUUAACUAUUAAUAGUUGAAUGAAGUGGCAGUGACUUGAGUUGCCGUAUGGCGAAUUGAAGUGAUCGUGAGACUCUGAGAGCGGGUUCGAAUUCUUUCCGUACGUAAUGUUCCAAAGCAAUUCAAUGACUCGACAAUUGUCUCAAAAUUAUGAUUAACGGGCUCAUUACGUAUACGGCCGCAAAAGGUUGUUGUGAAGCUCAAAUUUGGCCCAAUCGAUUACAAUUAGUCUUCCUAUGGCAAUUAGUUUAAUUUCGUAGAUAUAAAGACAUUGCCAAAUGAUCAAAAUGUUUUAGACUGAUCUUUCGAUAUUCAGCUUGUUUAAGCGUUUUAAAAGUCCAGCUCAAAAUUUAAUUUAGGUGAAAAAUGAAAAGCUCCAAUUGCAUGAAGUAUUAAUGUGUACAGUUGAAUUGAUCUCUCCUAGGUAAUUCGUUUCGUACUCCGUCGUGCAAGCCAAAGAGCAUGAUGUUUUAUUAUUUUCUAUAUAUUAAGGAUAGUUCUCGUCUAAGUGUACCGUGUUAAUGCCAUUUUUAGGAUCGAUAUGCAUUGUAAUUAAGCAUUGUAUAUUUGUAUGUAUGGAUGAAUGUGGGGCGAUUCGACCAAUUGACUCGCGACGCGCCCUUCGCGUAGUAAUGGCAUUAUUUCUCCUAAGUGUAAGCUAGUUUACCGUUAUAGAUUAUUUAAACAGACAAUGUGAAUAUUUUUAAUUAACAAGAUAAAUGUUACAACAUGUGAUUUCAAAAUAACAAAAAAAUACAAUAAAUUUUACAUGAUCUUA